AUGUCUCAUAUUCAAAUUAUUGUUUUUAUGUAUUGAAGUAAUGAUAAUCUUUAAACAUUAGCUGCUGGAAGCAAGCGGAUUCGUGUUUAGCAAAGACUCUAAUCUCGGCGACCUGCUGACUGGACCUACAAACGCAGUACUUUGGUAUCACUUUGGCAUCGCUUGAGCGUGAACCGGAAUUGAACUCUCCACUGAACUGAAAGCUGCUGCUUUUAAAGAUGGUCGUAGAUGAAGCAUUUGAAAAUGCUGGAAAAACUCCUGGAUUUGAGAUUUGGAGAAUUGAGAAACUGAAAGUCGUUGCUCAAGACCCCAAAACAUACGGCACCUUUUAUUCUGGCGACUCCUAUAUAUGUCUGUCGACGAAAUUAGUGGACACACAUUUUGAAUGGGAUAUCCAUUUCUGGCUUGGUAAAGAAACAUCGCAAGACGAAGCAGGAGUUGCAGCGUACAAGACAGUCGAGCUGGAUGAUCAUCUGGGAGGAGCACCUGUGCAAUACCGUGAAGUACAAGAACACGAAUCAAGGAAGUUUCUUGCGCACUUUAAGGAUGGAAUCAGAUAUCUCGAAGGCGGGAUAGAGUCUGGCUUUAGGAAAGUGCAGCGUGGUGUGUACGAGAAGAGAUUGUUCCAUGUCAAAGGGAAACGAAACGUCAGGGUUUGCCAGGUAGAGCUGCAUGCAAGAUCACUAAACAAAGGCGACGUGUUCAUCUUGGACGAUGGCCUGAACAUCUACUGUUGGAACGGUUCGAAAUGCAACAGAAUCGAAAAAAUGAAGGGAACAGAAGUCGCAACGAGAAUAAAAGACGAAGAACGUGGUGGAAAAGCAGCCCUUCACAUCAUCGAUGAAGGGAAGGAUCAUGGUCUUGAAGAGAAAUUUUUCACCGUACUUGGUUCGCGGUGUCAGAUUGCAGACGAUUCUGGAGACGACAUGGAGUUUGAAAAAUCAAGCCAACUUAGUGUCAAUCUGUACAGGGUUUCUGACGCUUCUGGUACUCUAGAAAUGACCUUAAUUGACAACAAGCCAUUGAAGAAGAGUCAUUUGGAUACCAAUGACUGUUUCAUACUUGAUUGUGGCAGCAGUGGAGUAUUCGUAUGGGUUGGUAAAGGAUGUACGAAGAACGAGAAGAACGGCGCCAUGAAGAAUGGAAUGGACUUCAUAGAACAGAAAGGUUACCCUAAAUGGACUCAAGUAACACGUGUCAUCGAAGGAGGAGAGACGCCAAUUUUCAAACAGUUCUUCUCCAACUGGUCAGAUCAAAAUGCACAAGUUGGGCUGGGAAAAGUUUUCAAAAAAGGAGUCGCAAGUCAAAGUUAUGACAAGUUCGACGCGUCGAUGCUACACGAAAGAAAUAAAGCUACCCCCAAGAAAGAAAUUCUUCCUGACGACGGAACAGGUGUUUCUAAGAUUUGGCGCGUAGAGGAGCAUGAUAUUGAGCCUGUACGCAGCGAGUUACACGGGAUCUUCUUCAGCGGGGACUGCUACAUCAUGCUUUAUACUUACAAGACCAAUAUGAAAGAAAACCAUAUCAUCUACUUCUGGCAGGGGGUGAAAAGCAGUGUGGAGGAAAAAGCAACAUCCGCCAUGCUGGCGGACAAAAUGGACAAAGACAUGGGUGGCAUAGCCAUGCAGGUUCGCGUAGUACAGAAUAAAGAACCCGAACACUUCCUCAGAAUCUUCAGAGGACGGUUGAUUAUCCUGGAAGGUGGAAAAGGAGCCGGUUUUCGGGCUGGAUGUGAAGAAGACACGUAUGAUUCAGAAGGAAAAAGGAUGUUCCACGUCAAGGGAACCACAGACCUGAAUGCCAGAGCGAUACAGGUUCCACGUAGAGCAGCUUCGCUAAACUCAGGGGACGUCAUUAUUCUAGAAACAUCAGAGAAGAUUUACAUGUGGAGAGGCACGGGAGCAUGCGCAGCUGAGCGACGUAUCGGUCGACUUGUCAUAGACUUCUUAACACCAGGACGGGAGCCCGAAGUUAUUCGUGAGGGUCAGGAACCAGACAGUUUCUGGGAUGACAUUGGUGGACGAGAGCCGUACUCUACAGGAAAGAGAUUAGAGGAAGAGAAACCAUCCUAUCCACCGCGCCUGUUCCAGUUUUCCAACGCUUCUGGGGCUUUCAAAGUAGAAGAAAUAUUGGAGUUUACACAAGAGGACCUUAUCGAAGAUGAUGUGAUGCUUCUUGAUACGUACGAUGAGGUGUUUGUGUGGAUAGGUGAAGGAGCUAACGACGAUGAGAAGAGAGAAUCCAUCAGAACAGCAAUGGAUUACAUCAAGUCAGACACAUCGGGAAGAACACUGGAUGACACUGUUAUCCUGCAAGUCAAACAAGGCUACGAACCACUCAACUUCACUGGUCAUUUCCAGGCAUGGGACUUUGACAAAUGGAGUAAAGGAAAGACGUUUGAAGAAAUAAAGAAAGAAAUGGGCGAAGAAAAGAUAUCAGAAUUCUCAAACAUGCGCAUCACUGAAACGGAAGCGAAAAAAAUUAUCAACUACAAUCCAAAUACGUUUGUACCAGAAAAGUUCUACAGCUAUGAAGAACUGACCCGACCAACAUGUCUCUUGCCAAGGGAUAUCGAUAUUAAGAUCAAAGAGAAAUAUCUGACAGACGAGGAGUUUGCUAACAUUUUUGGAAUGGAGAAACAUGAUUUUGACGCAAAACCAAGAUGGAAGCAAAUAGAUCUGAAGAAAAAGUACAAGUUGUUCUAGAAGGACAAUUACUGAGGUAACUGCCGCUUGUAAUGCCUCUGAAAGAAAGACAUGCACACAAGAAUUGAUAAGAGAUAUGUUAUUUAGUUUAGAUGGGUGAAAAUCAAAGCAAGGUCCUCUCCUUAUAUACAAAGAUCGUUAUACCAUAGACACACCUCUGCCCCAAAAGAAACCCCUCCAAUUAGACACACCUCUGCCCCAAAAGAAACCCCUCCAAUUAGACACACCUCUGCCCCAAAAGAAACCCCUCCAAUUAGACACACCUCUGCCCCUAGAGAAACCCCUCCAAUUAUAGACACACCUCUGCCCCUAGAGAAACCCCUCCAAUUA